AUGGCCCAGAUCAGGUCCAUCAAUCCCCUCGCCAUCUUCCUUAUCGUCACCCUGGACAAAGCGCGUCAUUCGCGUGAGCGUCAUAUCGCACACAACGACUUGUCCCAAGGCGCUGUCGAAGGCGUGACUGUAACCUUCGAAAUUGACAUACAACGUAGCGCUCAGCUGGUACAGGAAGACGCCGAGAGGGGGAAGAGAAAGGAGGACAUGGAUUUAAGACCCUACCCGUUUUUGGAGCGCCUCGUGAUACUUCGACGCCGAACUACGAAGUCAAUCAAGUAG